AAUUCAAAAUUAUUCAAAAUAUUUUGAAUUAAAUCAUUUUUCAAAAUUAAUUCUUUUCUUAAAAACCGAAAACAAAGUGAGAUGUGUCUCUUCAGCUGUGUAGCGCGUGUUCUCUUUUACACCAGCGGUACCAUUUUGCCGGCUUAUCACACAUUCAAGGCUCUCUCCAAUGGGAUGGAAAAGGAACUCGCGGCCUGGGCCAAGUAUUGGAUUGUGUAUGCCUUCUUCGCAGCUAUCGAGGUGCUGGUCGAUAUGCUUAUCUCGUGGGUUCCACUGUAUGCCAUCACCAAAAUGGCUAUGAUAAUUUGUGUUGUUUUCACGGCGCCAGCUGCCAAUGUGUGGAUUUUUAAUUCAAUCCUGGGUCCACUACUUUUCAAGCGUCAGAAGCAGAUCGAUCAUUUCUUGCAACGAGGCAAGCAGCAGAUGCUAAACGACGUCGUCAGCUGGGGAACGCAGUUUAUCAUCCAAAGCCGUGCCGCCGUGCUUCCCAUUUUCUUUCGACUGCUGAAACAUGAUUCCAUUGAGAAGCGGCAAGAGUCUAAUGUUGCAGACGGUUUAGAGGAAUACGAACUGUUUGAUACUUGUUGUAAUGACAAGGAAUCUGUCCCCAAUAUACAUCCUGACGCCGAAACAGACGCUGAGAGACUGGCUUUAUCGGCCGCCAUGACCCACAUAGCGAUGGCUCACUCGCCUAAGAACUCAUCUUGCGAGCUGGACCUGAAAACGGUCUUGCCUUCGGAAUCAUCCGGAACCUUUCUUAAUCGCUUCGAUCGCAAGCGUUGGUCUUCAUCCUUGUGUUUCUCUAACGCGAAAAAUGAACAAAAAAUGGAUGAAAAUGAAGGUAGACCUCCAAUGGCACUCCCAAUUCAAAAGGAUGAAGUUAACGAUGAAACAGAGAAUCUCCUAGCCAAGUCGCGAAAGGAAGGCAGUGGUCGCACCUUCUGCCAAUUCCUAAAUCGUCGAGACAAUAAAUUGUAAUCAGAUCA